UUUCUCUCUCUCUCUUGUUAUCAGAUAUUCAUCAUGAUUGAUGCUACAGCUCUCUUGACAAGAGGGACAGCGUUUCUAGCUGGAGAGACCAUUGAAUGUGCAAUUACAUUCACAUGCCCAGAAGCAACCAGCUCCGGUCAACCAGAGUGUCUUGCAUGGGCCAGUGCUCAGCUUCAUUGCCAGUGCAAUGUCAAGGAGUCAAAGGUCAUCAUUCCUCCGCAACCAAUCACAAGAAGACCUUCAGAGGAAUGGGAAAACAUCCAGUCUUCUAGCAACACAAGCUUUGCAGCUAGUAGAGGUGAGAAAGGAGUGUGUAUUCUGUUGACUCAACCCAAGAUUUUAUUCUGUGAUCUCAGAAUGCAACCAGGUGAAACAAAAACAUUUAUUUACUCUGAGACGAUUCCAAGGGAUGCCCCUCCGUCUUACCGAGGACAAGAUGUCAAGUAUUCUUAUAAAGUGACCAUUGGUGUUCAGAGGAUUGGUUCGCCUAUUAAACUCAUCAAAGUCCCGUUCAGACUUAUGGUGCUAUAUGGUCUCGAUGAAGCCACGAUAUUUGAAGGAGCAAACCAGACGGAUGCUGCAAACCCUUUCUUAGAAGGCGAUAGACCAAAGAAUACCCUCCUGGAUCGAGCUGUUCAGAUUCUAACCACCAUCACUUCAAGAAAAAGCCCAAAUUCCUACAACAUUACCAACUCCCAAGGAGUAGUGGCCAAGUUCUGUCUCUUCAAACCUGCCUUCAAGCUAGGGGAGGAUAUCAUUGGAACCAUCGACUUCUCAGAUGCGUCAGUGGCAUGUCUACAAUACUCUGUUGUUUUACAAUGUGAAGAGCAGAUAUCUGAGGAAUGUCGAAGACGCCAGCAGCAGGCGAGUACUGUAGCCUCUCACAGCAAGCACCAAGAGUUCUGUCUUCAUCUACGACACUCUCAUAUGGUUCUACCCAUCCCAUUGCAUGUCACGCCAGCCUUCAUUACCGAUAUAGUCUGUCUUCGCUGGAGGUUACACUUUGAGUUCACCACGUCCAAGGAGCCGAUCCCGGAGCAUGGUAUACCGACAGAUCAAUCUGAAAGCGCUAUCUGGCAAGGUCCUGACAAUGUCUGCGUUGACACCCUUGUCUGGAAUCUACCCAUCAAGAUCUUACCAAUCAACCCUCUCCAUGCUACUAGCUACUCAGCAUGGAAAGCUACAAAUCUCAUUUCUGUUUGAAACUGAUUUCUCAUUUAUGGACGAUAUUAUUGCCAAUGAAACUGAGAGUAGAGAGUUCACCACGUCCAAGGAGCCAAUCCCGGAGCAUGGUAUACCAACAGAUCAAUCUAAAAGCGCUAUCUGGCAAGGUCUUGAUAACGUCUGCAUAGACACCCUGGUCUGGAAUCUACCCAUCAAGAUCUUACCAAUCAACCCUCUCUAUGCUACUAGCUACUCAGCAUGGAAAGCAACUAAUCUCAUUUCUGUUUAAACCUUAUUUCUCAUUUACGGGUGGUAUUCCUACCGAUGGAUCAGAGACUGGAGCCGUCAGGACAGUUCAUGCUAACCGCUAUGCAGACAGAAGGUUUAGAUUGCUCGGUAUCAGUCACGAUACUUGAGGCAUCUUCUUUCAUUGCUAAAGGCUUGAUACAUGAACUUUCUGAUUUAUGAAAUCAUUGGAUUGAUCAAAAUCAAUGGAUUGAAAAGGGAAACGACAAGACUCGUCAGGAGGGAUCAACCAGACUCAAAUUUUAUGAACUUUGCAAUUCUUUGUUUCACGAUUUUUCCAACGAUUAGAAAUCUGUAAUGUUAACAGCAACACAGUAUUGAACAAAUGUGAAGUCAUUGGUGUCUUGUGAUCUUACUCUUCUGCUGGCCAGAUGAUUUUGACGAGGGAUUUACAUCAAAUUGAUAGAUGUAUUUCAAUUGAUGAUUCAGAAAUGAGUCAUGAAUAUAUAUGCAGGUACAUAUUUGGAUAUGCUAAUGAAUAAAAAUAAUUCAUGAAAUUAUUUCUGAUUUGGAAGACUAACCUGAAUGGUGUACAUGUACAAAUGUAGAUGUACAGUGUAGACAAUUCAUUUUGAAAUAACUUUUCUUUGUGUUUGUGUAAGAUUGUGUUGAUAAUUGUUUUGAAUGUUAACAGUAAAAAAAAAAUCUCCACAAAAAAAAAGACUCCACAGACACGGGUCUAAAUUAUGCUGGUAAACCUGUGUUAAAUGACAUUCUAGAAGUUGUAUUUGCCCAAAUGGAAGCACUUUUUAGACCUGGGUACUAGAACACAAAGGUUAGUGAUUGACUGUACGCUUGAUUUUCAUGAUUGAUUGUACAUUGCAGUCAAUGAAAUCAAUUAUAGAAAAAAUGUGUCUAUGAUUAUUACUUAGCUUUGUGUUUUAGGCCCCAGAUUGUGCAAUCAUCAUGUGUUAUAUACCUCUUCUAAGAAAUGUUUCUCCAAACUCAAAAACAUUUUUGUAUUCCCAAAAGUUUUGGCACUGGCACGGCUAUUUAUCAA